AUAGUAUAAAAGCGGAUAAUGAAAAUGAUUAGUUUCAUUAAAUAAUGUUUCAUUCAUUAUUAUUUGAUAUCAUUGUGUUACAUUUGAUCAUACUUGUUUCAAUACAAGUUGAUGGUAAAAGACAGAAGCUACAUAGUUUCGGAAAUCCAGAGGUCAUUUUAUCAAAUCUAAAAGCGAUACUUCCACGAAUAUAUUCAAUUGAUGAAGAAGCAUUCACUAAAUAUAUUGAAUGUUUUAAUUUUGCAUUAGAUUUAGUUCAUAAAUCUAAUUUUGGACAAGAUUUGGAUAUAUUAGUUGGUUCAGUGAUGAACAAACGCGAAGCGAAAGUCGCAAAAUCUUCACGUCGCUAUGACUGUUUGGAAGAGGAACUAGAAAAAAUCGAAAACAUGGAAACUUUCAUUGAGUUGAGUAGAAAUAAAUACAGAAUUAUCAACAGUUACAACGAAAAUUUGUGUAAGUAAUAGUCAACAAAACUUUAUUUGAUAAAAUAAAUAUUCUUUAUUAAAUAAUAUAUUCACUAAACUUAAAACAGUAUACGAAUGUUUAUGCAAAUUUCAUAUUGUAAUACUUAAUGUACAUCUUGGACUAAAUGAAAUAAAGGAAUGUACUACUCACUAAUAUAUCAAGUAACAUUGGAGUGACCAGUGGAGUUCAGUCGGGUCAGUUGUGAUAUAGUAACUCACUGAUGAAAACGAUGGACGUGUCAAUCAAUUUGGUAGAUUAGUUGAAGUUAGACAUUAACACCGU